AUGGACCACCCUGCUGAGCACGAUGAAAUCGUGGCUCAGUUCUGUGCCAUGACAGGUGUCUCGACAACAGAGGCCAUUCAAUAUCUUGCGAACAAUAAUGGAGACAUCGAAGCCGCCAUAGCCGAAUUCUUUGCGGAGGAGGAUGAAGCUCUAGAAGAUGACAACUUAGCGGGUGGUCGACGAUUGGGAAUCGACGAAUCAUCCGCUACAGCUUCUGGAGGCUUGGGAAGUGGUGCUGCGUCGUCCUCUUCUGCAGGCUUACAGUCAUCAUCAACUAAGCGGUCCGCGCCUAAGAAAAAGUUCGCGACACUGGGAGAUUUUGCUUCAACAAGUGGAGGUGAUAGCUCCGAUGAUGAUGGCUCCGAGGAUCAGGACUUCUUUGCUGGUGGAGAGAAGUCUGGCUUGGCUGUGCAGAACCCUGACGAAUUGAAGAAGAAGAUUCUCGACAAGGCUCGACGAGUACAACCCCCUACUGCCGAUGAACCCCAGUCACGCCCCUCCCACUUUACUGGUGCUGCCCGUACCCUGGGUGGUGAUGAUGCCCCCAGCCGUGUCAUUGAAGAUCCUUCUGAGCCUGCCCCGCAACGACCCCAGCGCGUUCAACGAACCCUCCAUUUCUGGGCCGAUGGAUUCUCAGUUGAUGACGGUGAACUAUACCGAUCCGAUGACCCGCGAAACGCCGAAAUCUUAGAGGGUAUUCGACAGGGCCGUGCCCCGCUUGGAAUCAUGAACGUUCAAGCAGGCCAGGAAGUAGAUGUUGAGCUUAAACAGCACGAAGAGAAAUACGUCAAACCCAAGCCCAAGUGGAAGCCUUUCUCAGGAGCUGGUCAGCGUCUUGGAAGCCCAACUCCCGGCAUCCAAAGUCAAUCUCCAACUCCUACUGCCACGCGUAAACCCAUGGGUAGCUCCGACUGGCCUCCAAAGGUCGAAGUGGAUGAGUCGCAACCAUUCGUCACGGUCCAGCUCCGACUGGGAGACGGUACCCGCUUAAGCUCCCGCUUCAACACAGACACUACUAUUGGCCAAAUCUAUGGAGUGGUCGCUGGCGCCACGCCAGAUGGCCCCAACCGCGCCUGGGUGCUGAUGACCACAUUCCCUAACGUCGAGCUGGAGGAUAUGCAGGCGACUCUGGCUGACCUUCCUGACUUUAAGCGCGGCGGUGUUCUCGUCCAGAAAUGGAAGUAG